UCGGGAAUAACAGGAGCAGGUUUAAAGGGCAAAUUGGAGGGUGUGGAGAGAGGACUAGUUAGAAAGUAGGAGAACAGGAUUGAUAGGAAAUCUAACCAACCAGACACUACAGGAGCUAACUAUGUCCAGAAGGUGGCAGUAAUGCAACACUGAGGAUGAAUGUUGCCGUUAAAUAUACCAAAGAAGAAGAAGUAUCGCUGCAUUUGGCCGGCUACAAAAAUGGCGGGUGUUUUGACAGAAAAACAACUCGCACAACGCGUUUAUAAUGCUUUACAGGCUGGGUCUUGUCCCUUGGUGGAAGGUCUGCAUCUACACGAGACAGACACCAUGCUGCAGCUGCUGUGCACUCCCUCUCAGCACCGGACAGACAUACUGGCAUGGAUCUGCAGCAGCAUCAACCCAAACUUUGCCAGCUCCACGGCAAGAUCCAAAGAUCCAGAUAUGCUGACUAAAGAGAUGGCCAUGCUUGGACAAGAGCUGAUUCUGUGCAAAGCCGACGACCUGGACCUGAUCAGGGGUGAUGCGAGUGCUCGCCGGCAGCUCCAGUUCCUGGAGCAGCUUCUAACUCUAGUUCCGGGCUGCCAGACGUCUGCCGCUCACAAUGUGGAUACCGAAGCGCUGCUGAACGAGCUGUUCGCUACCGACAAUCUGCCUCACCUCACACAAAUGCUCAGACCUACAUUUGACCCCUGGCCUGCAAACAUCAAGGCUUUACGCAAGGGCAACACGUCAUCCUGUCAGAAGACCUCUCAAGAAGAGGGUGCUGAUGUUGCUGCCCUCCUGCAGUCUACUCAGUCAGUACUGGAGCAGCUACAGUCACAGUGUGAGUUCCUGACAAAUGAGCCACAGAGUCCCGCAGUCUUCCCUCCCAAUGCAUUGCACGUGGCGGCGCGCGACCUCCAGCAGAUGAUGGCUACUUUCGGACGCGUUUACGAGACAAACCUGAGAGCUUACUGCAACAGAGACCCGCCCAACUUCAGCAGCGAGGCCGACGUCUUCCAGAGAGUACACCGACUGCUGCUGGCCUGCAAUACGGAGCUGGAAAUGCUGAGUGAAAUAUCAGAAGCAUCUUUGUCCAUGAGUGAGGAAGUGAGGCAUCUACAAACACAGCCUCGCUACUGGAGCGGACAAGACAAGCACACAUUACCGGACCAGUUGGAGAAACUAACCAGGAGAUAUGGAGACUUUCUCACCCGGCUUCAACCCUGAUGACAUCAUACAGCGCAACACGCAACACCAGCAUCAACACCAACUUAACCUCCAACCAUCAAGUUGAAUGUUACUGCUGAAGUGAACAAAGCACUCUUAGUAUUGCAGUAAUUAUUCUAGGAGGGGUCUCAUCACUCUGUCUUUGUGUCAUAGAGGAAACUAACACCGUAUAUGCACUGGAUCCAGCUGCACCACAUAUGAAGGCACAUUCAUAAUACAUGCAUAUAUGAAUGCAUAUUUUUUUAUCUCCCCAAACAUGGAGCUUUUGCUAAAUGAUGG